CCAGGCGCAGUAAAAUGAAGCGUUAUUGCCCUUUGUUUUUAAAUCGGACUGGCAGACGUUGCAUAAACGCUGAGAGCUGAUUGAUCGCGCGAACACGCGAUCUGGAUGAUAGAAUUGUUUAUUUUACGGUUAUUUACUAAAGUAUCGGCCGUUUCCAAAACAUUCUCUGGCUAGUCCGUUAGCUAGCCAGCUAACUCUUGAUUCUCCCGCGAGCCAGAAAAGCGAAGACUCCAAAACUUCGCCAACACAGAGAGCCUGACGCAGGGAAAGGUUGAUAGGUCCUGCUAACAUUAACGUUAGCUAACGGACGUCAAUAAGCUCUCCAUCUUCAUCCAAGACCCUACUCUGAUGUGAUCUGAACAAAUAAAUCUGUCAUCCUCUAAACUGUGGAUCUGUCUCAUAGCUGAGCAAAGUCCAGGUUUUGGGGCAUCAGGUCAGGUUUUACUGGCAGUCUGUGUGCUUCUAACCCACCAGCAUGUACAGUGGACAGUGGAUACCCUAGCCAAAACAGAUCCUGGCUUCUCAAAGAUGACAAGGUGCUGGCAGGCCGCAGCUACAAAAUGAUGGGAGGCAGUGAGACUGUCAGUGGGGACAAGGAUGGGGUCCGCAACACUGCAAUACACAUCCCCAUCGGCUGGCAGAGGAGAGUGGAGGGCGGGCAGGUGAUCUAUGUCAGUCCCAGUGGCACUGCCUUGUCCUCUCUGGACGAGGUCAAGACCUAUCUGUUGACUGAUGGCACCUGCAAAUGUGGUCUUGAGUGUCCACUCAUAAUCCAUAAGGUUUUCAACUUCACUGUGGGAGUGAAGGUGGAGCAGCACAGCCAGCCAUUAGGCAAAGCAGAGCAGGACAUGACCAAACUCUGUAACCACCGCAGGAAAGUGGUAGCGAUGGCUGCCCUGUGUCGGAGUAUGCAGGCCUCACAGCUGCCCUUUGCCAACCUUCAUCAUCCAGAGAUGAGCAGUGGAGUGGACAGCCGUGAUCCAAAGCGAGUAAUUGUGGAACGGGAAGAGGAGGACCAUGGCAUUUACCAUCCCAAACUCCAUCCGGUCCCAGCUCGAGCCCACAGCAACCUGCACAUGAAUCCCUGUGCCAGCCCCAAGUCCUCCCACCACUUUAUUUACCCUUACAAUGGUUCCUCCCCUGUACUCCACACAGGCACAAACUCUCACCAUCCCCUAGAUGCUUUGAGAAGGCUUCACCAUCCUCCUCCCCUUCCUGCCUCCUCCAGCUCUUCCUCCACUUCCUCAUUCCCAGCUUACAGCACUGCCCAGAGGUCACCCCACACCCCCACACCUCAAGGUCGAAGAACACCCAAAACCCCAGAGACUCCGGGUUCUCCUCGGCUAGGGCCCCUUUCUUCACCUCCUCCCUCUUCCCCUAUGACCAUGGGUGGAGGAGGAAGAGGAGCACAGACUCACGCUCAUCAUCCUCAUGGUGUCAUUGUGGGAGGCUCCCCCCUCUCGCCGUCUCCCUCCCGCUCUCCCUCUGUCCAUAACAUGAACUGUAUGUCUCCUCACCAGCGGUCCCGCCACCCUUCAGCCUCUCCUUCCCCUCUCUCUGAUCAGGGAGGAGGCUCAACAGCAGCAGGAGGAGGAGGACUGAUGGGAAGUAACUUGCCUCAGAGGAGGAAAUCCACCUCUUCCUCUCCGCACUCCCCUCUCCCUGGUGGCUCCCCAAACCCCAGCCCACACUUCCCCAAGUACAAGCUGGAAGACAUCUUGGAGCAGUUUAAGAACUCAGGCAACAGCAGCACUAAUAACCACCACCUCCUAAUACCUACUAACCCCUCCUUACUGACCAACCAAAGCAGUAGCAACCCUAAUGCCCUCUCCGCGAAGCCCUCAAAGAGCACCAUGAGUCCGAUUCCUAGCGCAGGACCACCAGGUUUUGGGUUGAACUCCGCAGGGACUUCUAGUUUACCUCUGGGGCCAUUUCUGAACCACCACCACAGUCAUCAGGGCAAGUUGCCACACCCAGCUUCUUUCCCUGCAAGUAGCCUGCUCUCUGCGGCUGCCAAGGCUCAGCUGGCUAACCAGGGCCAGAGCUCAAAGGGGGCUAGCAACCCGGUGAACUUGCCCUCUUCUCUGGAGGUCUUGAAAGAGGCACAACACCAACAGUCAUCAAAGGUAACAAACAGCACUUUACAUAACAGCCACCCUCCCUCCUCCAAUGCUUCUACUAGGCCUCCCCAUCCCUCCCUUGCAGCAGCCUCCUCCGUCCUUUUUCCUCCAUCCCACUCUCUGGCCCAGUCCCUGGCUUCCUCUUUGCCCCACCUGCCCUCCACAGCAGAGCGCAAUGCGUCACACAGGAAGAGGCAACGCCGAUCUCCGACAGUGCUCAGCAUGCUAAGAGACACCCAGCAGCUGGCUAAUGGGCCGCAGAAGACCCCACCAGGAGACACUGGUUCUGCUACAGUUAUCAACCUAUCCUCCUCCUCCUCUUCCUUCCCCUCAUCCUCGCACUCCUCCUCUACCUCAGCUGUGCAGAACCAGAAUGCUGUCAUGUUAGAAAACCACCAUCAUCUCCUCCCCGGGCAGACGCCAAGGCUCCCUGCUCCCCGACAGAUGGCGCAACUCACCAGGCCUCCUAGACAAACCGAGACUCUGGAUUUCACUACAGGCCUGACAUCUACACCUCUUGGCUUAGAUCCUCCAACCCAGCCUCUGUCUGCUCUGUUACACCUGCUCAGUGUGCAGAAUGCGCAGGCCACAGCCUCAGCAUCAGCAUCUAACCAGCCAGGAUCUGUGUCUGUUGAAGGAGGUGGACACACUAAUAAACAGAGCCCCAGACGCUCACCCUCUUCUCCUGCCCCUCAUUCUAAUGUCAGGCACCCACAGACUCGGUCACCAUGCCGAACCAGUAACACUAAUCCUCUACCGUCUGUGCUACAGCCGCUUUCUCCUCCCCCCACAUCCCCUCAGUUCAGAUCAGUGCAGUCUCCAACGCAUCCUAGGUCUACUAAAUCAAGUCCUUUGCAUUCUCAGAGACACUCUCCCUCUAAUACAGUGCUGCCCAACUCAAAUUUAGCUUUACACAACAGCAGCAGCCCGUCUCAGCUUACGUUCCCAACUCCCUCAGACAAGCAUCAACCAACUGAGAAUCACAUUCCUACAAUAGACUCUGUUUCCCAGGCACCAUUGCAGGAAGACUCACCACAGAGCCCUGUGGCAACAGACAUUGGUAGUAACAGCAUAUCUGCAUCAGUGGACCUGAGUCAUUCUCAAGGUAGUGUUUCUAUGGCGAUAUCCGGCUCCCCGAAGCCUCUUGAUCUUAGCAACCAUGUCCUGGCCCUUCUCGCAGCAUCUUCCACCGCACCCCAGGGGGAGGGCAGCACCUCCGACCAUGCCACUGAUGUCGUAAUGUCUUCCCAAGAAAAUCCCACUGAAGGGCCAGAGGAGCAUAGAGGUGUGGACCCAAAAGACUCCAUAGUGACUAAACCUCCAGCAGCCACCAGCCCUGGGCCGGCUAUCUCCUCUCGUCUCGGGGAUAAUCACAGUCCUCACACCCCUUCGGCUUUGGGCGACUCAACCUCUCCCUUACCUCUGGCAGAGGCCUUCCCCUUCAUGAACCAAGAGCAGCUGCUUCAGCUGCUGUCAUCCACAGGAGGUCUACCAUCCCUCCUGGACCCUACAGUCCUGGCGUCAUUGCCCUUAGGAGGGCUGUGGUUGGGAGGGCAACAUGCACAGAUUGCCCCCGCCAAUGCUACACCACAACCACCACAGACUGUUGCAGAGCAGCAGCAAUCGGAGCAGCAGCAGCAGUUACUGAUACAACAACAAGAGACACAGCAGCAAAACCAGGAUCAGCAACAGAAACAACAACAGAUAAACAAUCCUUUGUUUCCCUUGUUGCCCUUGUUGAGUGGUGCCCAAGGGGAGCUGCCUCUGAACCUUUUGGGCCUGCUGAACCCCCUUCCACCCCCUGCCUCAACCACUACCCCAGGACAGGAAGCUGAUUUAGGGCUAACAGAAAAACCUAGCCUCCAGGCUCUGCUUAUGGCCUCCUUGUUGCUCGGGCAACAGCAGACGCCUUUGUUACCUCUGUCUGGGCUGGGUCAGUUGAGCCAGGUCAGCUUGGAAGUCCCUCUCCAGCAGCCACAGCAGAUCCCCACCACAUUAGAGGGCCUCACCUUGGAUAAGACCUCUGGCCUUCUGGAUCCAUCAACUCUAUCAGGCCCGGGGCUCCUGGAGGUCGCCCAGAGCCUUCUCCCCGUUCCUCCAGGAGCUGAGGGCUCUCUCCAAGCCCUGCAGUCUCUGCUCUUUCCUGCCGCUCUUCCUCCUCCCCAUGCAGCCUUCCUGCCCCUCAGCCCUGCCUUGCUCACUGCUGCCCUGAGCUCUGCCGAGCUCCACCCGCCUCCCCACACCCAAUUAGCUCCUGCACAGCAAACCCAACAUAACCAACCUCAGGUACCUACUGAUGCUGGUGUUGACACCCUCAUCCCCCUUUCUCUCCAAGGCAAGGACAACCCCAUCCUCCAACAGUUACUGCCCACUUUGCUUAACUCUGCUGUAUUAGGAGAUCUUUCUGGCAUCGCAGGCCUCCAUAACAUGUUGGGGAUUGGAGCAGGUUCCAUCCUCCUACCCCCAGUCCAGACCUCUGCUUUGGGCAUGCCUCUGCUGCAGGGUCCUGAUGGAGCUAUCAACUUGCUCAAUAAUAUACAGCUAAACCUCGCACCACCCUCAGAAGGAGAGAAGCCAAUGUCAUUGCAGGAAACACAAAGUCCUGCCCCACAGGAAGACAUUCCAGCCAGUCAGAUGGCUCCCGAAGUGGUUCCCAGUCCUGUUCCUGCUCCACCCCCUGCCCAAGAACACACCCCACCCCCACAGCGAGUAUCUGAGGGCAGGUCUGUUAUCGAUCCUUACACCUCUUUCAUGGAUACGAUUUAUACCUCCUUCCUUCAAGUCAGUGCUAAAGAACAGGAAGAUAGGGCCCACUUGGGGCCAUCUGAUCCCACUUCACCCUUCUGUGCCUUACCGCCGGUUUCUUUCCCUGUGGAGCACCAUACCCCAUCCACCCCUGUCCCAACUCUUCCCCAGGCAAGUGCCCCAGUUUCCCUCAGCCCACGUCGGGCGUGUUCCCUCCGCAACCCAGACUUAUCCCGACUCAGCCUGGAAGCAGCAGCCCAUUCCCCAGCCCAGGGGACACCCAAACCCACCGAAGAUGGGUCUACAUCACCCUUACAAAGGAAACCGGUUAUGGUAGAGGGACAUACCCACCCAGAGCCUCCUCUGCCACCCAUAUACCUGGAGGAGGCUAAGACAGACUGUACUGGGCCGGCUACGGCUGUGUGCCCCUAUGUGGAGGCAGGGGUGGAUAGGCAGGGGCAUCUUUCCCACACAGGGUACCUCAGUCCCAGGGAUGGAUGCAGUGGGAGGCCCAGUGAGGAGACAGCUGGGACAUUGCUGCACACGGAACAGGGAAGGGAUCAAGCGGGAGCAGCGGGUGGAGCCAGAAGAGGAAGGAAAAGGAAACAAACGCUACAGAAUGUGUUGGAAGACUUCAGAGACGUGGAUGCUACAGCACUAGAGGAAACCAAGGCUACGACAGCACUGCUGAAGCCUGAGAGGUCAGUCCGCGGCAGGAGGCGACGAGGCGCCAGGUCUCAGAGGCAGUGAUUGGUGGCGUCGGAGCUGCAAGUCAGAGCUGUUCACCAAUCAAAGGCGGCCAGACGCCUCUCUUUCCCCCCUCCAUCUCGCCACCAUCUUCACCACUGUGUAGACCUUUCUUUUCUUUCUUUUUUUUUAAUUCAACUGCACUAAUAUUAUGCCGUUGUCAUGUCAACCAUUGUUAUGGCAACCACUAUGAAAAAAACACAUAGGAGAGAGGUCUAGUUUGAAAAGUUAAUUUAUAAAAAGUGGAAAAAAAAUGUGGAUACUUUUUCACUUAGGUCUUCUCUUAGGUUCACAACAUAACAUUGUGAUCAGAGAUCUGUUAAUUAUGGUUGGUGUUAGAAUUGUAUCAAUGAGAAAACACAAAAAGACAAAAGUACUGUUUUCUUCUCAUCAGUGUAUAACUGUGAGUCAGGAUAAAGCCCAACUACUUGAACGAUGCUCUCUGUUGUUAGUGUGUCUGUACGUGUGUGGAUGUGUUUGUCUUUCAAUGUGUCUGAGUGUGUGUUGGACAACAGUGCUGUUGCUGAGCCCCUCACUGUCCAACCAUUAGUGGAAUUUAUUUUCAUUCUAGUAUACGAGACCCUGUCUGUUUGUCGUUGUUUGUCCGAUAAAGGCUUCUUUGCAGAGACACAGUGGUUGUAUUUCAAAGAAGUGUUUUGAAAGGUUCUCAGAAGGUCCUGGAAGAGAAUAUAUAAGAAGGAGCAGACUUGAGUUGUUUUCUUUCACCGCAUAAGAUAUCUUUAGUAUGGGACAAGCCAAGGAAAUAAUGUUCACCGUAUCAGGUUUCAUGAAUCAGUUUACAUCAGUCACUGGUCACACAGAAAAUAUCAUGAUUCCACAUGUCCUGUGAGAUGUUCCUCAAUAGUUUGUGCAUCACUAAUAAUGUUAUGAACUGAGAAAACGUUAAUUUAAAAAAUGAAGUUCUUUUGUACAACUCUCUGAAUCAUGCUAUAACGUGUCAGGAUACCCGAACAAUUAAGUGAAUCUGACAACAUCCAGUUUUUGACAUUUGCAAGCAAAGCAUCAUGUGUUGCAUUCUGUUAUGACAUUUCACAUGCUGUCGUUUGUCGCUGUGAAAAGUUAAAUGUAGCCGUGGUGUGAUGGAGACUAUUUAAUAUCUGUUGACCUAACACCCGCCCAAACUUUCACCCCUCAGCCAUGAGAUAAAUGUCUGGGAAAUGUAUUGGAUUGUGAAACAUAAUAUUUGCAGGAAUCCAAGAACAGUACAGUAUGUCCUUUGAUUGGUUGAACGAAUGGCUGAAAACUUAAACGCAGGGAGCGAUGACGUCUUCACGUGGAUCUGUUGAGUCCGUGUGUCACUGUGGAUUUGGAGUAAUAUCUUCCCUCUGUCUCCUCAUAUCACUGUUUGAGCUCUCCUCCACACACUGCCCUGCCCCAAGAGUACUGGCAUCUCUUGCUGUAUUUAAAAAAAAAAAAAAAAAAAAAAAAAGAAUAAAGAAAAGUGAAAAAGAAAGCAGAUUAUGCAAUUUCUACACUUGGAGAUUUGUACAUAUGUACAGUUAAUGUGUUUUAUUUUGAUUUUAUAUUGUUAGAGAAAGAGACAAGAGAGAAAACAAUGAAUUGUGAAUUUUUCUGGGAAUUGUAAUUAAGUAUUUUUCUCAUUCUACCCCUUGCUUUCAAUACUUAUGUUUAAAAAGACGAUUAAAUUGUGGACUGUAGCUUUCUUUUUUAUAUGGGAGUCUUUUUUAUUUAAUAUUAAACUAUUUACAGAAAAUG